CUGUCAGUACACUCAUAACAACAGCCUAAGCAUUACGAAACUUCUAUUAGAUCAAAUAAGCCUCACGUAUCAAAAUAGAAAUGCAUUUUUUUAUAUUGACUAAAUUCGACACUAAAUGUCUCCCAUACAAAAACUCUUCACUUGCUUAAUAAUUAAUUAUUUGCUGAACGUGGAGAGAUUUUGGGCGGAGUAAACCUUCUCGUUUUGCCUCUUCCUCUCCGAUUUGGCUCAAAUAAGAAGAGGCGUGAACGUCGGGUGGCUUUGCUGUUGAACAGGUCAUGUCGGUAAAGAUGGAAAUGGAUGUCAGUGGCGUGUCCAGGACACCCAUCUCUGUUCUACCUGCUGCUGCAGAGGUCAAAGCCAUGCUGAAACCCGAUACAGGGGACAGGCCCCGCUGUGCCAGCACCCCCUGCUCCCCCAUCAAAAGUACUGUUUCAGGCUUCCAGAUUCUCCACAUGGACUCCAACUACCUAGUCGGCUUCACCACCGGCGAGGAGCUGCUAAAACUAGCCCACAAGUGGUCUCCCAACCCAGAGAAGACCCUUAUCACCACACCGACCACCACAACGUCAACAGCAUCAGAGGCCUUGCCCAGUUCUGUCCCCAAACCCAUGGACCUGGGCAUCCACCGGGCGUCGCGCAUCUACAAAGCCAAAAACCGCUACUACCAGCCAUACGACAUCCCCGUGGUCAACGGGCGCCGGCGUAGGCGCAUGCCCAGCUCAGGUGACCCCUACCUCAGGCCCCUGUCCCAAGGGGAGGGUGGCCCAGGGAGGGCCCUGCACCACGGCCCCCUGCCCCUCUGCCUUCUCAAGGGGAAGAGGGCCCAGUCCAAGUCCCUGGACUACCUCAACCUGGACAAAAUGAGUGUCAAGGAGCCUCCGGCCGACACAGAGGUGCUGCAGUUCCAGCUCCAGCACCUGACGCUGCGGAGCGAGCGCAUGUUCACCAGGAACAAGACAUGAAGCAACACCAGAGUCACCACCCGCCUGUUCUCUCAUCCACUCCCAUGGGAUUUGGGUGCUAUUUCCGGCUGUGCGUUUCUCUCCCUACUCAGAUCAUAGGAUAGUCCUUUAAGGGGACACUUGCGGAGACCACUAAUCUUGUUAUUAUUAUGAAUCGAGGGUGACAAACUAAGCGGGUCUCUUGACGAAAUGAGACGCAUGCUUACGUAUACGUAAAAAUCCAGUGAACACAAAUUGUUAAGUUAGUACACUGAAAACAGAGGUCGUUUUAGAUACAAAAAUGUGAAGUUCGUCAGGAUUAGCAAUAACUGGUAAACGUAUUUAUUGACUGUGUGUGUGUAUGUGUGUGCGCGCACCUUUUUAAAAAUGGUAAGGGAUGUGGUAACCAAUGCCUCUCCAACUGGCCCCUUUUUUUUCUGCAUUGGACUGCACUGUUAGACAUAUUAUGUUUUUACAGACCUUGCAUCCUCAACUACAACACACCUUUACUUUUUAACCACUUUACACCCAUAGCAAUUAGCAUUAGCCGCAGCAGUACUGCAUUCUACAUCCAUAGCAAUUAGCAUUAGCCCCAGCAGCACUGCACUCUACAUCCAUAGCAAUUAGCAUUAGCCCCAGCAGUACUGCACUGUACAUCCAUAGCAAUUAGCAUUAGCCUCAGCAGUACUGCACUUUACAUCCAUACCAAUUAGCAUUAGCCCCAGCAGUACUGCACUUUACAUCCAUACCAAUUAGCAUUAGCCCCAGCAGUACUGCACUUUACAUCCAUACCAAUUAGCAUAAGUCCCAGCAGUACUGCGCUAUACGUCCAUAGCAAUUAGCAUUAGCCAAAACAGUACUGUGCUAUACAUCCAUAGCAAUUAGCAUUAGCCCCAGCAGUACUGUAUGUAAGCUACUGUAUAUCUGUAUGUGUGUGGAUGUAUAGGGGCGGCAGGUAGCCUAGUGGUUAGAGUGUUAGACCAGUAACCGAAAGGUUGCUAGAUCAAAUCCCCGAGCUGACAGGGUUUAAAAAAAAGUCUGUCAUUCUGCCCCUGAACAAGACAGUUAACACAACUCUUCCUAGGCCAUCAUUGUAAAUAAGAAUUUGUUUCUUAACUGACUUGCCUAGUUAAAUAAAGUUUUUUUUUUUAAAUGUGAAAGCUCACUCCGCUACACUACUAUUUUGCUCUUGCCAUCACCAGGGAAAUGUGGGUUUAAUGUUAAACCACUGACUGUUACACAAUCAAAAGGUUAUUUAAAACAUAAUCCUGUAAAGGGGCAAUCUGCAGUUACUGCAUCCAUUUUUGGACUUGUAAAUUGAUGAUACUCAUUUGAUUCUUGAAGAAUAUAACUUUUAAAUGCCUCAUGAGCUUUAGUUCAACUGUCGUUGCCCAUCAGAACUUAAAAUAUAUGCUUGUUUUACCCCACUGUUUGUAAACAGUAAAUAUAAACAAACACUAUAUAUAUAUAUAUAUAUAUCAAAACAUGGUUAAAACGAUAAUUUUCCUAUCAUUGGUGGUCAGUCCUUGCAUUCAUAUCUAUGAAUUUGAGUGUUGGUUACAUUUCUGCAGCCCCAUCCCUCAGCUUUUUACCGAAACGGGGGCGGAGGAAACGCUUUCUUAUUGCUUCAACUGCUGAUUGCUGCUCUAAGAGGAUUUGUGGGGAGAGGCUUACCGUCAGAGUGCCUGAGGUGAGAUUAGCUCCUUAUAUACAGAAUUAAUCCCCUCACUCCAUUUCUCCCAGUCAGACUGAAUCCUCAGCAGGGGGUGAGGGGUUGAAUUAGGAGAUUCCAGAUUUUCUGCAUCUAGACGUUGUGUCCAUCAUUCUGAAUCCCAGUCAUUCUUUUCAUUUCCUGAAUGGGAGGGAUGGGUGUUUUAGCCUGGGUAAAAGGUUCUCAAUUUAGUUUGAUGUUUUUGCCACCCCUUCAUAAAGGUGUGUAAAGCACCUGAAACACGUACCGUAGCUAUGGAAACCAAAGGAGGAUUAUUUUGGGGUGCCCUGGGAAAACUUGACCACAUUGAAAUAUGAUCUAUUUGGGGUUUCGUAGGACACGUGACAAUCAUUUUGAGGCGUAAUCUUGGAGAACACCUUACUUGAAGUAGCCCUGACCUAAUGCCCUCAUAACACAAUCAUUUGCAUGAUAUAAAUGAUCUGAUAGUCUCUUACCAAUGACAAUUUACCUAUUAUAAGCCAUAUGACAUGUAAUGGUAACUAUACACUGAGUGAACGAAACAUUAAGGACACUUUACUAAUAUUGAGUUGUCAACACAUGACAGUAAAGUCCACCAUCUCAUGACUAGACAUUUCUGGUCUUUCUCAAUACUGUAAUUCACCAAGCGACCAAAAUGGUGACAUUUUUGGAAAGAUCACCUUUCCUCCUUCCUUUCCUCCAGACAUGCAAAACUACAGCUAGGCAGGGUAUUGGUCCAGACAUUUACACUGAGUGUACAACAUAUUAAGAACACCUUCCUAAUAUUGAGUUGCACCCCCUUUUGCCCUCAGAACAGCCUCAAUUCGUUGAGGGUGUGGACUCUAGAAGUUGUCAAAAGCGUUCCACAGGGAUGCUGGCCCAUGUUGACUCCAAUGCUUCCCACAGUUGUGUCAAGUUGGCUGGAUGUCCUUGGGGUGGUGGACCAUUCUUGAUACACACGUGAAACUGUUA